AUGCACUCACUGGCUGAAAGAGUGAUCGCCGACGUGAUUUUCACAUCAGAGCGUUGUAAUCGAGUAACAUAUGGAUUACGAACGGUAAAUGGAGACCCUUCACGAUAUAAGCAAUGUGGUCCCUCUGGAAGAGUUUGGAUUGUUCCAUGUGCACCUCAAAUGACUUUUGAUCCGGAGGAUAGGGUUUGCAAAGAACGACCGGAUUCUCGUGUCAUGAAACCGAUGAGAAAAUAUGAAACUCCACCCAAAAAUAUCAUCACAACGCCUGCUCCAAUUCCAUCUAGCUAUCCAGUUUCUGCUGAAGUUACGCCUGCUUCUGCUCCAGUUGCUGCUCCAGAAGAGUUCGUAUUCUCAACUGUUCGUCCGAAAAGUCGAAAACCAAAAUCAAGAACACGUGGAAAAUUGAGAAAAACAACAAGUGCAAUGACGACUACUCCUCUUCCAAUCACAACAACUCCAAUGUCAAUGGAAAUAGAAAAAUCAGUGGAAUCAGAACUGACGACUACACCAAAAAUAGUGAUAUUUGCAAGUAAAAAGAAUAGUUUAGGAGGUGGAAGAAGCGAGGAAACGAAACAACAAUUGACAAGAGGAAGAGGGGUUUCUCCUGCAUUCACGAGACCUGGAAGGAUCCGAACAACCACUUCAUUGCCAGUUACUCACGCGACAAGAUUCAUUCCAGGAGUUCAGAAGGUUACUGUAGCUCCGAAAGAGGCUCAAGGAAUGCCACAUACUUUGGCUCCGUAUGAGAAAAUGGAAAGACGAGGAGAGAAUUUCGAAGUUGGAGAAAUGACAACAAUGACUCCCGAGUAUACAGUCAGAUACAAUGGACAAACUAUGACUGAGAAUGAGUUUUUGAAUCAGCUUCUGCAUAUCGUCCAACAUCAAAAAACGGUUUCCGAACGACAACAACAGGAUAAGUUUGAUCGGAUGGAACAGGAGAGAAUCAGACAAGAGAAAGAAGAGAAAGCACGGGAAAUCGAGAGACGCAGACAAUUAGAAGAGGCUGAAAAGGCCAGACAAGCCGAGGUUGAUAGGCAAGCAGCGAUUUAUGCAGAACAAGAACGAAUGGCAAUGGAAAGAGAACGAGAGUUGGAGAGAAUUAGACAGGAAGAGAGGAAGAGAGAAAUGGAAAGAAUCAGACAGGAAGAAAUUGCGAUGGAAAUAUCCAGAAUGAGAGAACUGGAACGUCUUCAAAUGGAGAGACAACAGAAGAAUGAGAGAGUUAGACAAGAGUUGGAGGCAGCUAGAAAACAGAAGAUAAUGGAAGAAGAACGACAGAAAAAGAUUCAGGAACAGUUGAGAGAAAUGGAAAAGAUAAGGAAGGAACAGGAAGAAGCGAGAGAAAGAGAGAUGAGGAGGUUAGAGGAAGAGAGAACACAGGAAAUGGAGAGAGUUAGAGAGGAAGAGAUGGAGAGACAGCAACAAAUUGAGAGACUUAGACAUCAAGAAGAAGAACGGAAACGGAAAAAGUUGGAAAAGGAAAGGGAAGAAAGGAAGAAGGCGUUGAUGGAAGAAGAACGGAAACGAAAGAUUUUGGAGAAGGAAUUGGAGGAAAGAAGACAAGAAAUGAUAGAGGAAGAGAGGAGAAGGAAGAUUCUGGAACAGGAAAUGGAGGAGAGACAAAAUGCGAUUUAUGAGGAAGAGCAGAGGAGGAAAGAAGAAGAAAAAAGAAGAGAACAGAAGGAAAUGGAAGAGAAGAGAAUGAUUCAGGAGCAGAUGAGAAAGGGAAUCCAAGAGAGGACACGGUUGGAAGAAAUGGAGAGAGAAAGGGAGAUGAUGAGGCAGAUUAUGGAGAACGAACAGAAGAGGAAUCAGAUGGAAAGACAGGAGUUUGAAGCCACCACUCCAAUUACAACAAUCAAACCAAUCUACCGACCCGGCAUUGCUGAAUACCGUCCCCCAGAAGUCGAAUCUCAUAUGAUUCGUUUCACAACUCAAUCCCCAGAAUGGGCAACUCAAUCACCCACAUGGAAUCCCUCUUGGAAUACGGUAACUGUAGAAGAAGAGUCACCUGGAGUCCCAAUUAUACACAGUCAAUGUCAAAUCAAUGGACAGUGUGAAUUGAAAUAUGAUGCUGAUUCAUUCUGUGCUCAUCCAAACACUCCAUCAAUGUAUCUUCAAUGUGCUCCGUUGUAUGGUAGAUUAGGUAGAUGGACAGAAAGACAUUGUCCGGAUACAUUGAUAUUUAUUGUGGCAAUCGGAAGAUGUGAGAAGGGGGAAGAGACGAGGAAACCGUAUGAUCCAGAUAAUAGAGUUGUCAUUCCGAGGUUACCAUCUGAGACUUCAUUUGUUGAGUGGAAAGGAAAUAGAGUAAUUGACCAUCACAUUCCCUCUCCUGUAUCUCCUCCGAGAGUUUAUCCACCAGUUCCUGAAACUCAUCAACCUCAAAUCUAUAAUACAAUUGAUGAAUUCCCGAAAGAUCUUCUCCCGAAAAUUCCAGAAGUUUCUCCUGCAGAGACUUAUGCUCAGCAAUAUCAGAACCAUAUUCAUGGUAGUGUAAUAAGCGGAUAUCAACGUCCAGUUGCUCCAACAGUUGCUCCAAUUCCAGUAAUUCCAGUUUCUUAUCAAAUCACACGUGUUCCGAAUAUUCCAAAUAUAAAUCAAAGCAUAAAAUCCGAGAUUGAUCUAUCUCAUAUUCAUCCAUUAUUCCCACGUGUUCAACCAGACUUUUUGAGUCGGAUUCUGCCGUCUUUAAACUUGAAAAUGCACGAUGAACACUCACCUCAAUCACUUGGAAGUGUGGUGAAGCCGGUUCUUAAAAAGAUUGCUCUAAACCAAACGGAGCAGUUUCUAGACCGUCUUCUAGCUGAUCAAGUGCAAGAUGAGAAUAUCAGAAAAGAGAUUAUCGAUAGGUUAAAGUCAUCAAAUGUCGAGGAAACCACGAAGAAAUCGACAUAA